AUGCGCGACGUGCGCGCGCGCGGGCUGAAGUGCUCGCUGUUGGUGCUCGUGUGGUUCAGCACGGGGACCGGGUUGGCGCUGUUCAACAAACAGAUUCUGGGCGUCGAGCGAGGAGGGUUUCCGUGCCCGAUAUUCCUGACUUCGAUGCAGUUUGCGAUGCAGUACGCGAUGGCGAGGGCGUGUCUGGGAGCGGGCGUGCUCGAAGACGCGGAAAAGGCGCGCGGGAAGCGAGAAGAGGUGCCGUCGGAGGUGUACUGGCGAAAUUUGGCGCCGGUGGGGGCGGCGAUGGCGUUGGACAUCGCGCUGAGUAAUUUGUCGUUGGCGUUCAUCACGGUGUCGGUGUACACGGUGGCGAAGACGAGCACGAUCGUGUUCACGCUUGGGUUGGCGUUUUUAUUUAGGUUUGAAAGGCCGACGUGGUUCUUGGGCGGCGUGGUGACGCUGGUCGUCGUCGGGCAGGUGAUGUCGGUGGAGGGCGACGCCCAGUUUGAUGUGUUUGGUUUCAUCAUGUGUCUCAUCGCGGCGCUCAUGAGCGCGCUUCGGUGGAUCUUUUCGCAGCGCGUGAUGCAUCGCGACCGCGAUGAGCCCGGAGACCACGCGAAGGGGAUCAAGGAUUCGCAUCACGUGAGUCAUCCGGUGGUGUUCGUGUCCUUGAUUUAUCCGAUAAUGUUCGUCAUCGUUUUCACGUUCUCUUCGUUGAAAGAGCGGUGGUGGUUCGCGAUUCCACACUCAAAGUGGCUCGCGAGCCCUAUCGACGUAUUCGUCGACUUGGUCGUGUUCGCCUGCGGGGCGUCGAUGGCGUUUUGUUUGACUUUAGCCGAAUUCGAGCUGCUCAACGAGACGAGCGCGAUGUCCAUGAUGUUCAUAGGAGUGUUGAAAGACAUCAUAAACAUCGUGUGUGGGAUGUUGCUCUUUGGCGACAAGUUCGGAUCCGCGAACGUCGUCGGCCUCGGACUUUGCAUGGUGGGCGUGGUCGGAUACAACAAGUACAAGUGGGAACAGCUGAAAUUGAAAGCGUUGACGUCGCAACGCCGCGGCGACGAUUCCGACGCCGUGCCGCUCGUGGAAAUCACCUCGAUUUCAUCUACGAGUCCGCGUCGGCGAUUGGACGAUUUCACGAUUGCGUAG